CUGUCACCCGCCCGGCCAACAACACGGCGCGCUUGCUCCGCUCAGGUCCGCUCCACCUCGAUCCCGAUCUCGACUUCGCUCUGUACCGCUCGUCGUACCGCUGCAGUUGUCAUUCGAAAGUGUCUCGCUCGGCGGCUCCAGACCAAGUAAUCAACCGAAUUAAGACCAAAAGCAGUUCGAAAAAUCCAAACCAGUUACAAGCACUUAAGUGCACAAUUGCAUUGCAAAAAAAAGCAGCAGAAAGAGAGAGAACGUGAAAAAUGCAUCAAUUUUGGAACUGGAACUGGAGAUGGGCUCUGCUGAUUUUCUCGGCCCUGCUGCUCGUUUCGCUGGCCAACUCGGAGGAAUGCGGCCAGGAGGAGUUCGCCAAGUGCUCCGAACCACUUGAUAUGCUGCAUUUAUCGUCGAACUUCUCGAUUGGACCGGCCAAGAAGGAGGAACUGGACAAACUUUGUCAUGAGCUGCGCAAGGGAGUGAGGUGCAUCCAGAGCUUCACCCGCCGUUGCAUGGAUCUGCAGCAGAGGAACCAGUUCAACAAGCUCUACCACGGAACCAACCAGUUCAUCAGGGAUCUGUGCAUCAAGGGGGCGUUCCAGGAAGCGUACCUGAGGCACGCUCCCUGCUCCCAAAAGGCCAAGACCGAGUUCGAGGUGUGUGGCAAUCGCUACAAGGACACCAUGGUGUUCCUGAAGCCAAACAAGAAUCAGGAGAACUCCGAGAAUGGGACCUUCAAUGAAAACAUAAAGACCAUUUGCUGCUCCAUCAGUGAACUUGUGGACUGCUCGGAGGAUGCUGCACGUAAGGUGUGCGGCAAUGAGGCGGCUGAGUUCACUCGUGAACUGGUGGACAAGUAUGCCAACAGCCUGACCAAGAUCUACUGCGAGGACUUCACCCGACAUCCGGGUCACUGUCGGAACGGCGAGGAAAACAGCUCCCAUCGGGCGGGUCUGAGCAGCUUAAGCCUUCUCCUCACAGGGACACUAAUCACACUGCUGGUCAGCAGAGGCAACAGAUAGAUGGCAGAGCUACAGCUAAGUGCAAAUAUCUAGAA